AUGGAUAUCAGCGAAUAUAUGUUGAAUCCGCCGAAGAAUAUUUUUGAAAAACUUCCAAAUGUUAAUAGUACAAAUCAAAUUUACAGUGAAGUUUUAGAUAAAUCGAGAAAGCUAAUUUUAGAAAAAAUUCGAAACGAAUUAGAACGAGCUAAAACAAAACAAACAAUAGAUAUUACAAAUGAACAUAUAAGAAGAUUUGAAUCUGCCGUUAAAUAUUUACCUGAAUCAAUGAAAAAUGCUCUUGAAAUUGAAUUACAACAUUGUAAAGGCGAUAUAAAACGUCUAAUACAAUAUAGUGAAUUGAAUUUAAAAGAUUCAUCUAUCACUGAAGAAAUAGAUAAACUCAACAAUUGUUCAUUUGAAUAUCAAAAUUUACAACUUAUUAAAUCAGAUUUUAAUAAAGGUAAAGAAUUAGCUUCAAAACGAAUAGUCAAUAUUGUUGUUAAAAUCCAACACAACUUAGAAAAACAAAAUAUUAUAGAAGCAUUAAAUAUAAAUACAAAACAGAAUUAA